AUGACUGAUAUUUACACCCACACUGUGUUCGACAUUACGAAACUUGACAAGAAGGCCGAGGAUGGCACCCAAUUCAUCAGCCUUCCCAUCAAGAAGGACACCAGAGUGUUGAAGCCCACCAAGGAGGAUCUAACCGUCUCCGAGCCAGUCACUCCAGACAAGAUUGUAGAGAAACUCAAGAUUUACGGUGGUUGUUUCGUGAAGAACUAUCUUCCAGCGGAGGAUUGUGAUACCAUUUUGAACGACAUUAUGCCCCACCUGGAUGCUUAUCACGGUGCAGGCACUGCUGAUAAUUUUAUUUCUCAAACCACUCGUCGUGUUGGUGGAACUUGUGUUAAAUCCAAGACCGCUGCCGAGAAGUUCUUGGCUCACCCUCUCAAUAUUGCCGUUUCGGACAGAUUUUUGAGUAAGGAGAAUCUUUUUAGACUUGGAGAUGACCAGGUCGUUACCGGUCUCUCUAGAGCUCAGCACAACUCUUGUAUCACCUUUGCUGUUGGACCUGGCUCGGAAGAUCAGCCUCUGCACAGAGAUGACAUUUUGCACCACAACAUCCGCAAAUACAUGGAGACCUACGAGUUCGGUGGUGAGACUGCCGUUGGUACCGCUUUGGCCUUGAAGAAGACCAGCAAGGAAUGCGGUGCUACCAGAUUCAUCCCAGGUUCCCACUUGUGGGACCACUACCGUACUCCAAGGGAGGACGAGACCGUUUAUGCCGAGAUGGAGAAGGGAGACUGUUUCUUCAUGCUUGCUUCCUGUUACCACGGUGGUAGCGCAAACACCACCAAGGAUUACGAGAGGAUCAUUGCCAUUUUGUUCAUGACUCAAGGUACCCUCAGACAGGAGGAGAACAUCUUCUUGGGAACCUCUAUGGAGUAUUUCAAGUCAUUGUCAAUUCCAGCUCUGGCAGCUUUGGGACUUCAAAUCAGUCAACCUUUUUGCGGCUGGUACGAGCACGAGGAUCCAAUCAAGAAGAUUCUUCCAGAGAGUGGUUACGACUAUCCGCAGUUCAAGGACGUCUACAAAAUUGACCCAAAGGACUAA